CCCAGCUCCUCCUUCCUCAUUCGGGGCUGGGGCAGCGGCGCCCGCUCCGGCCGCGUUCUGCCUUUUCCCCUUUUCUCCUGUUAUUAAACCCAAAAGCCAAGCGCGGAGCUCGGCAGCAUCUCCAGCCCCUGCCGCCCCGAGACCACCGGCGAUGGAGCCGCUCCUCCGGGGGCCCUGGCCGCUGACCUGCCUGGUGCUGCUCUCCCUGUCAGGUACCGGUACCCAUCUGGUUGAGGGCUUCAACCUGCAUCAGCCCCAGGGCAAUGUGUCGGUGACAGCGGGGGAUACACUCACCCUGAACUGCACCACGUCUGGAUAUGGUCCCAUUGGUCCUGUGAAGUGGCUGAAGGGCUGGGGCCCUGAGAACGAGACCAUCUAUGACCAGACAGGCACGUUCCCCCGUGUGAUGCGGACAGUGAUGGGGUCCGACACAGACUUCACCAUCCACAUCAGGGACGUUCGCCCCGAGGACGCCGGCACCUAUUACUGUGUGAAGUACGAGAAGUCUGUGCGUGGGGUGGUCGUGCUUCAGCAUGGAAACGGCACCCAGGUGUCCGUGUAUGCCAAACCCAGCAGCCCGCUGGUGUCGGGGCCGCAGAGCAGAGCAGGACCGGGGCAGUCAGUGCCAUUCACUUGCACGUCCGGAGGGUUCUUCCCCAAGGAGAUCGCUGUGAAGUGGCUCAAGGACGGGGCUCAGAUCUCGGCUCAGCAGCCCCAGGUCACCCCCGGGCAGACCAAGUCCUCCUAUGAUGCAUCCAGCACCGUGUCAGUGACGCUGCAGGAGGGUGAUGUCCGCUCGCAGCUGCAGUGUGAGGUCCAUCACCGCACGCUGCCGGCCCCACUGCGGGGCAGCUUCCAGCUCAGCCGAGCCCUGCGAGUGCCCCCCAGUGUGCAGGUGGUGUCUGAGCCUCCGAGCCCCGUGGAGCUGAACAGGACAGUGAACUUCACGUGCCAUGUGAAGGGGUUUUACCCCAGAGACGUGGCCAUUGCCUGGCUGGAGAACGGGACGGAGCUGAGCGUGGGGAGCCUCCCCCCACCAUCGGAGACCCCACGGGGGCUGUUCGAGCUGCGCAGCCUGGUGGAGGUGCAGGCGACGGAGGAGAGGAACGGGUCCGUGUUCACCUGCCGUGUGGUGCACGAUGCUCAGAGCCCCAUCAGUGGGACCAGCAUCCUGCGCAUCGCUGCCCCGGCCAAGGGAGGGCUGAGCGACCGGUCCCAGACUGAUAACGACAAUUUGGUCCUCAUCUAUGUUGUGGUGGGGGUGGUCUGCACAGUGCUGGCACUGCUGGUGGCUGCCAUUCUUUACCUCAUCCGGGCAAAGCAGAGCAAAGGUAAAAGUUCACCAUCAGCUAGGUUACAUGAGCCGGAAAAGAGCAGCGAGGCCAAUCCGCAGGAAUCCGACCCCAACAACCUGACCUAUGCGGACCUGAACUUCGAGAAGGAGAGGAAAACCAUCCGCCGGAUGGUGGAGAUGAGCCAGCAGUCAGAGUACGCCUGUAUCCAGGGCAGCCGGGCCCCCAACGGCGAUGACAACCUCACCUAUGCCGACCUGGACAUGGUGCACCUCAGCAAGGCACCCCCACGGCCGGCCCCGCGCCCCGAGGAAGCCGGAUCCGAGUAUGCCAGUGUCCAGAUCCCAAGGAAGUGAGCAGCGGGAUCCCUGCAUCAUGGGGAGCCAUCCUGCUCCUUCCCGGAGGGAUGUUCUUGGAAGCACCGAGAGCGAUGUGAAGAUGCUCUGUGGUACCCACGUUUUGGGAUGGAAAUGGAGCCCCCCGCACUGUGGGGCUUGGCUCCCAUCUGCAGAGACCUGAUUUUGGGGGGCAGCUUUGUCCCGGGGCUACCGGCUCCAUCCGUGGGGAUCCCCCCAUAGCCACGGGGACUGCUCAGCCUCGGAGUGCCGGGAUUGCCUGUGAGUGGGUUAAUCCAAUGCAGCAGUGACAGUGCCUCCACACCGGCUCCCAUUGGAAUGCCACUGCCGCCCUGACCCCGCAGGGAUGGGCUGCAGCCCCUGCACUGCCUUCUGGGGCUCUGCUGCCUGGAAACCAAACUGGCUUUAAAGGAAGGACCGGAGCGUCCGCAUCUCUCUUCCCAAGUGUCCCUUCUGCGGGACCUCGGUCUCGCCCCAAGGCCAAUGAUGCUGGGAAGGCCGGAGAGCUGAGCCCCCCCCCCGCAGGCUUCUGCCCAUCCAGCCGCCCAGGGAGGCUCCAGGUACGGCCCCGAGCAUCCUCUUCAUCACCCUCUCCACAGCCUUGCCCUGCCCCAGGCUUGUACAACGCGUGCAGCUGGUCCCCGGCCGGUGCCCCCCCAGCCCGGUGCUCCCCGCAGGUACCGUGUAACAUGUUCUGACUGUUUGCCAUGUAACUGUUAAUUCUCGAGCUAAACCCCAAUGUUCUGUGCUGUACGUGGGUGUUCUGCUGUGUACUUAACACUAGGAUUAAGAUGUGCAAAACGAAGACCGAGGCCUCCGUUGAGACCCCAAAACCCCACAGAGCUCUAAGGGGACUCGCACAACCCUCCCCAGCUCUGAACGGGGCCAGGCAGGCUCCCCCCAGCCCAUCCGUGGGAUCAGCGUCUUCCAUGUGCCCCUUCCCUGCGCCCCAAUACACAGGGACACCACCCGCGUUGGCUCCCAUAGCAGCCGGCUGGCCUUGCGGCAUGGGGCUGGCCCCCCAUGGUUGCAGGUGGGGGGGCUGUGGGGCAGGGGCUGCGUUGGGAGCGCUGGGACUGCUUGUACAGAACUUUUUUGGUUUCUUCUUCUUUUUGCUUG